UUUUCUCAUUUUUAAAUACAAAAUAUGACAGGUGAGCGUGGACUUUAGGGUUGUUUAACCCUCUGAACCCGGUAAACCGUUGGUGGGUUUCAGAGACAUGUCAUCUUAUUAUAAUUAUACAAUUUAUCAGAGACAGAAAGUUAAACAAAACAAAAAAAAAAAACAAUCAUCAGAUUUUUUUUUACUUUCUAAUGGUUCUUGAACAAAUCACCUGUAACCUGCUAUUCCACUGGAAAAUGUAAUCAAAUGUAAGCUUCAAAUCAUAUUUAGUCAAUAUUUACUUUAUUGUACAUGUCUCAUUUUUGCAAAAAUAACAUGUUUUCCCUAACAAGAUUCUGUACAAAAGCAAAAAAAUCUUUGCUCCUUUGCUGGCAGUUACAAGACAGACAUUUUGAGUCUCUUCUGCUGAACUAGAUUAAGUUACAGGAUGUGUUUACACAGAGCAGAGAACAGACGGUAUGGAAACAAAUUAAAAUGCAAGUGGCAAAAAAACACUUAAAAAUGAUUUAUGUAAAAUAUACAUUUGCUAUGCUUCACAAAAGACAUAUUUGAGUUCUCUCUACUUCUGGCAAUAACUGUGCUGUUUCCAUGAAGAUGUAGGACUUUAUAUUGCAGUAUAAAAUGAGCCCACAGUGAGGAAAAAUGUGACAGGAGUGAAAAUUGCCUAGAAUCUGCUUGAGGUUCAGAAGUUCAAAGGGUUGAAGGUGCCACUGACAGAACUGUGCUGAGAAGCAGAAGCUAACAAUUAUUUUUCUUUUGACUAAUUGGGUAAUGUAAUUACCUCUUCAACCUUCAGUUAGUAAUAUGUAAUACUGUGAGAUUGAUUACAUUCAUUCAGUAACUUGCCCACCACUUGUUGUAAGUGAGAUAGGUGGAAGCCAUUUGUUUAGUGAUUUACUGAUUGACUGAUUCAUUUAUUGUUAGUUACGGUCCACAAAAGAAAUCAACAUCAUAACCCUCAAUCUCUGCCUCCCUUUAUUCAUUCAUUCACCUCUCCCAUGGAGGCAUUGAUAUUACAUUAUGUCUUCAUUCCUCAGUUGUUUCCAGUCAGACAGACUAUGAUUCAUUUAAUAUGGUCCAACACAUUCCAGUAACAGUGAUGAGCAUUGUAAUGAAGUGAGCCAGGAUUGCGCCUAAUACUUUUUGCAGUCAUAUUACAGCUACAGGGAACCAGUGCAGCAUGAGAACUGUUCAGCACUCACAGAAAAAAACGCCGCCUGCAGAGAGAAGGGUUAUAAGGUGGUGAGGAUUGGAUCAUCCGUUGAGAAACAUCACAGAGAGUUUUUUGCUGGCAAUUGUAAAGCAUCAAAUCACAUCCACCAUUCAACAUCUACGGAUGUUCAUGUCGACUGUAAAGCUGGAGGGUGUUAACAGCCAUUCAAGAGAAACGUUAAGAUCCAUUAUUCAAGCAGCUGAUGUGGAAAUUCAAACAUCUUCAAUGGUGACCUUGUUCUUACAUCUGCUGCUGCUCUCUAGCUCUGCUGCCCCCUGUGGUGAGCGCAGAAAACCUUCAGAUCUACCGGAACAGUCUGUGAGUGAAGGUGGAGAUUCUGGCUGUUUUAUUCUGAAGAUGGAAAAUAAAGUUGAUGCAAGAAAAUCUUACUUAUGUCAAUCAACUUCAUGUGAAAACAGCCACUCCCUUGCUUGCUGGCUUAUCACCCACUUACACACUCUGGGCCACAAACAUACAAACACUUGGGGGGGUGGGAGGGACACUUACAGGAGACAACAGCUGAGGAGCAUCAAUCUAUUUCUGUUCUCUCAGAAGGAGGUGUGAUCAUUAUCGGGUGCCUGAGAAUCUGAGAUCACAAAAAAAAGCCGGACAAUCCCUUAUUUGGCUGCUUUAAACCCACAUUUCAGGGAAAUUUUGUGAAACUAUGGGAAUUUCCUAAAACUGCAAGCUGAAGUCCAGUUUGUGCUUCAUUGUCCUAUUGACUUAAAAUGAAUUACAUGAAAAAAAGGUAUUGAUGAGAAAUAAAUGCAGCCUGUUGACACCACUGUUUUGCACUUCAAGAAUCAAACUUUGCACAUAUCAUGUAAAUGGAAAUGACAACAGCAAUUGUUUGAUGCCAAAAAAUGAGAUACUAAUGAAGACACAGAGGUCGCGUCUUCUGUAGUAUCUUUGGUAUUCUGGAAGUUUUCGUGACUUAAAGUGUGUAAUGUGGUUUAAAAAGAGACAUAUCAAAAUGGAUUUAGUACUUUCUAACCUGAAUUAUUUUCUUGCAGUGUGGAACUACAUGUAAAGAGAUGAAAUGUAUAAUAUUAGCUUAUAAAAUAAGGAAGCUGUGAUUGUUGUCUUUUGUUUAUUGUUUGUUUUUGUUACUUUGUUAUAGUUAUUAGUUAGUCCUUAGGCUUUUUUUGUGGUGAAUCAAAAAUGUUCUUGGAAAUGUAAUUUUGGGGCUCUGGGGAUUUUAUUUUUUCAUUGAAAAUCCUUGGUGAGCCUCUGCUGCAAUCUCCUCCAACUGAAAAAAGAAGGUAAAAAAACAGCAUAAUGACCAUCCAUGCAACUGAAAGCCAGCAUUCCUCCCCAAAAUUAAGUAACAAAAUAAAAGGGGAUGCAGCUCUUUAACAUGUUAUAAGAGGGUUAAACGGGUUAAAAUGUGCCACAGCCCCUCAUUUAGAUCAUUUAGCUGCCUGUUUCCAUGGCCUGCCUCGGAGUUAAAGGAUUUGGGAGGCAGACUGGAGCGCAGCAACGUGUAACCUCUGAGUUUCCAAAAAGCCCCUCCUCGGUUAGACCCUUAGCCUGAGCGUCACUCUAUUCACUUCAGUCCCCCUUCCUCUGCUCAAAUACACAUUCACUGUCCUGCAGACACACACAACACACACAACACACACACACAAACACAAGUCACACACAUUCACUCAGCGCCAGACGCGUUCUGCAAACAGCCCGCCUGCCGCUUCUUGCACUACUUUCCUCUCCAAGAGCGCACAAGAACAACUCUUGGAUGCAGCUGAACGCAUUUAAGAAAAAAAACUUUGCUUGUGAACAAAAGUGGCACUACUUCACAGGCUUUUUCCUCGCUUUCCUUAGUGACAUCUGAAGUGACAACUUUUUUUUUUUUUGGUUGUUGGAAUUUUCUCCGCGGUAUCGGAGCUAAUGGGUGAAUAAACUGGGUAAUUGCAUAGGAAACUCCCGAAGCGCGCAACUGGAUUAAAAUCAGCAUUUGAUGAGCAAAAAUGAAUAAUUCCGUGAAAUAAUUUCACUCCUCCGGACCAGAGGAUUUCAAGGUAUGUUCUUAUCUACCGUGACCACGCAUUACAAUAAUCUAUUCAUCUCCAAAGCGUCCUGCUACGGAGAAGUCAUUUACUUUAAUUUCGGCUCGAAGUUAAGAAAGCCUCUCGCAGCGUUUGGCUCUACAGUUGGUUUGAUGAAUUUGAAUGGUUAAAGUGAAUCUGUGCUUGUGUGAGAUGAGAUAAGAAAGAGAGAGAUCAGCGGGGCAGUUUAUCCCAACUUUACCCUGAAUUCCCUUUAAUUGAAUCCUGAUGCGUUUUUUGUUUAGUUUCUUUUUUACAUGAUUGUCACUUAAUGUUCCUUCUGAGCAUGCGCAUGUGUGGUUGGAUAAAAGUGUUUUAUUUGAGGCAGGUGUAAUGUGCCAGUAUGGUUGUAUGGGUGCAGUGUGGGUGGAAGAUUGGAGGGUAUCACUUGUUGAACAGAUUGCAAAGCCCUCUAAGUCAAAGUGGUGGUUUUGGGCUGCGUUAAGGUGGACUGUGCACUCUCUGCACUCUUCUUCACUUUCCCUUUUCUCUUUGGCAGUGAUAAUCUCAGUGCAGCUUCUCCUCUUGUGAGUGAAGAUGUAUCGGAGUGUCUGUGUGUCGGCGGCAUCGCUGGCCCUCCUGGUGUUGAUCCUCGUGGUGCCCGGGGGCCGGUCCUGUCCCAGGAGCUGUAACUGCUACCAGGCCAACGAAGUCCACUGUACCUUCCGCUCACUGCUCACUGUUCCUCCUGGCCUGCCUGCACACACACGCCGCAUAAACUUAGGAUUUAACAGCAUCAACAGGCUCCAUGACACAUCUUUUGUUGGACUGAAGAAGGUGGAGCUUCUGAUGCUCCACAGCAAUGACCUCCAUCAUCUUCCAGAUGAAGCAUUCAGAGAUAUGAAGUCACUGCAGAUACUAAAGCUAAGCUAUAACAAGCUGAGAGAGAUCUCUUCAUCUCUGACCUUUUCUGGCUUGACCUCACUGCUGCGCCUGUACUUGGAUCACAAUCUCCUCCAGCACAUCCACCCCCGGGCCCUGCUCCAGCUGCCUAGCCUCAGGCUACUACGUCUGCAAGGGAACAGGCUGCAUCAGCUGCAUCCUCACACUUUGUGCACACUGUCCCUGCUGAAUACAUAUUACUUUUCUACACUCAGACACCUAGACCUCUCCAAUAACAGUCUAACUACUUUGCCCAAAGACACCCUAUCAACAGCACCUCUGCUGGAGACUCUUGUGCUGCAGGCUAAUCCAUGGAGUUGCGACUGUAGGAUGAGCUGGCUGCUCACUUGGAGUCUGGCUCACCCAGGCUUAAUGAAAUGUCCCGGUGGCCCUCAGUGUCCAGUCUGUGACUCGCCCAAUUCACUUCAAGGGCACGGCUUGCUUGAGCAGACUGCCUUAUUGUGCAGCUCACCCGUCAUCCUCUCCACAGGAAAAGAAACACAUCUGGAGACAGAUCCAAGUGAAAUUCUAACAAGUGAAACUUUCAGAGAGCCUUUGGGCAGCGUCUCUCUGGGUCUGUCUGACGAGCAAGGAAACAGUGUGGCUCUGAGUUGCAACAUCACUCAUUCUUCUGACUCCCAGGAUAUUGCUCCUCUUCCAGAUCUCUCCCUGGCCUCCUCUGCCCCUCUCCCCCUUGCUCUGUCACUCACUCUGAAGUGCCCUAUGGAGAGACAAAGCUAUGAGAAACUUUGGAGGAUUCUGGCUUAUUACAGUGAGACUGCGGUUCGCCUCGAGAGGGAGAUCAUGCUGAGUAAAGCCCCGGCAUUGGCCUACCGCUAUAGGCAGGCGGCGGAGACAAUUGGAUAUUAUCACACUGGAGUCAGAGCUUCGGUUAAAGCCAGGCCACAUUGGUUAUUACAGACGGCCAUUAGUAUUCAACUAAACAGAGCACAGUCUAAUGGACAUAAAGUUCAACUUAUAUACUCAACAAGAGUUUCUGCUCAUCCUGACGCUUCCUCUCAUGUCUCAUCAUCCUCCGCUGCUUCUCAGCGAUGGGUACUGAUGUCUUCUAAUCAUACUACCACAGCACUGGCAGCAGUACCACGCAGUAAGGUAGAGCUCUCCUGCCCUCUUCUCAGUUCUGGCAACCCCAAAGUACAGUGGAUUCUCCCAGAUGGAUCCAGGCUUAUCCCACCCUCCAGCAGUCCAGAUGGUCGGCUGCGGGCCUCAGCUUCUGGUUUGCUUCUACAGAGAGUACGACUUUCAGACGCUGGGAUUUACUACUGUGUUGCCUGGGCUGGAAAAGAUGUAGAUGUUCUCCCCCUACACCUGGCAGUGGAGGGGUCGUCUGUUCCACCUUCAGGAGAGGAAGUAGAACCUCCUUUCAUGGGAACAGUUGAGGAUCCAAUCAGUCUGCCCUGCAUGGUGUCUGGUUCACCAGAACCUUACAUGAGUUGGAUUUUGCCAGAUGGAAAUCUAAUAAGACAGGGGUUAGCUGUGUCAGGUGGACUCACAAUAGAAUCAAAUGGGAGUCUCUCUCUGCCCAACCCUUCCCUACUGGAUGCUGGUCAUUACCGCUGCAUUGCGGUCAACCAGUAUGGUAGCGACUCUCGGUCUGUGCAGCUGAUAUUGAAUUCACAACAAAUCCCUUCACUUAGGGCUGUAUUUCCCAGAGGGCCGCAGUCAGCCUCUGGCCGGUCAACCAGAAUAAGAGCCCCUUUAUUAGGUCAGGUGGAUGAAGCAUCAGGGGACGGAGAAGAAGAAGAAGAGAGGACUGUUGUUGGCAAUAAGAGGCGACCAAUAUCUCUUCAGCCAACUCCAAACAGACGAUAUCCAAUAGGAAAUCCUCGAAGACGUGGUCCCAUCAGAGAAGGUCACCUGAGAAGAGGUGGGGGGCCUGUUUCAUCCACUGACCAGAGAAGAAACCGCUUUCAGAACAGACAUAGAGUUGCUACAAACAAACAAAGGAUAGACCCUCAGAAAUGGGCUGAUCUACUGGCUAAAAUACGUCAAAAGACUGCUCACACUAAUAACAGUCAACCUAUGACAACAGAAAAGCCCACAACUGAACCAGUACGAGGAGGCAAAGAUAAAGACACAAGAGGACAUGAGGGAGAUGAAGAUGCUGAAGGAGCAGAGGUAGAAGCAGAAACUGAGGGGUCAUCUGUUGAUGAUACUGUUCUACAGGAGGAAGAGCUACAGCCCGUACAAACUGUUCAAUCAGAAACACAGACAAAAAUGGAGACAAAAACAGAUGUAAACACUGAGAUAGAGACAAGUACAGAACAUCCAACAGAAGAACAGAUAAUAAUAGACAAGGAAACAGAGACACCCAUGCAGACAGAGAAAGCGGGUCCACAAACAGAGACACCAACAAACCCAGUGACACAGAAAGAACCAGUUACAUCUAACCCAAUGCCAGGAACAAAUGAAACUGUUAAAGAACUAGCUGAAGGGAAUGAACAAGGAGCAAACCCCAGCCCCCCAAGAACCAGGCCUCAGAAUCCUCGACAGGGACUAUUUCCUAAUUUGGUUCCAAACGUCCGGCCUCAGAGUCCUGGGCACUCACGCAGAAAGAUUGGACAGCGAAGACGAAUCAUCAACAGGACUAGGGGACAACCUCUGACCCCACCCCAACCUCUCCCCGACCCUGUGAACCCAAGGUCACAGACUGUGACACCUGACACUUCAACAGAUCGAACCAAUAUGUUGUUGCUGGUGUCAACGACCACGGCUCCAGCUAUUUUGUUGACGCCGAGUGACCAAAUUAAGACUGCUCCAAAUCUUGUGGUUCUAAAUCCUGUGUCCCCCCCUGUUUCUCGCACUCCUGGUAUCUCCACUUCAAAACCUGCCUCGCCCUCACUGCCUCCCUCCCUUCCCCAUACAAACACAGACACACAUGCAGACAUGAUGACUCACUCAGACAAGAUAACAGACGGUGAAGAGUCCUCUCUUUUGAACACACCAGCACCCACUCACUCUGAUAUUUGGAUUUCAGAAACACAUGUGCCAGACACACACUCUGGGACAUUUACACAUGGCAGGCAGACACACACAGAAACACAAACAGUCUUAGACAAACAUGUUGAUAGACCCUCAAGCAAACACGAUGAAGAGCGAGAGAGGACUUUCUUGAGUGUACCUAAUGAGUCCCACUCUUCAACCACUCACUCCUCCAUUGUUUCCUCAGUCCCCAGAACAGACACUACUGCUACUGCAAAAACCAUAACAACUCCUUCAGUGACUCCCAGGAGAGCUCAUUCUACUGGUUCUACUUGCAGCACAAAAAGUACAUCUACUACUACAGUUACUCCUUUGACUACCAGUCCCACUGUGUCUACAACUACAACUACUACCUAUAUUAAUGCAUCUAGCACUACCAGACAUACUACAUCUUCUGCUACCUCUACUACCACUACUACUACUACUACCACCACAACUCCUAUUCUUACAUCGACUACUCCGACUACUACUUCUACAGCUGGAACCUCUACCACAAGUACCACAGCUGAUACUAGCACUGCUGCUACUACUACUUCUACUACUACUCCUCCUACUACUGCUGCUGCUACUAGUACAAUCCCAUUUAAUGGUAUCCCCAGGACUGUUAACCCCAUUACUACCAUGACUUCUCCUCCAACUUCUAAAACUACUACUCCUCCUCCUACUACUGCUGCUGCUACUAGUACAAUCCCAUUUAAUGGUAUCCCCAGGACUGUUAACCCCACUACUACCAUGACUUCUCCUCCAACUUCUAAAACUACUACUCCUCCUCCUGCUACUGCUGCUGCUACUAGUACAAUCCCAUUUAAUGGUAUCCCCAGGACUGUUAACCCCACUACUACCAUGACUUCUCCUCCAACUUCUAAAACUACUACUCCAAGUACUAGUACUACGACUACUGUUUCAGCAAAAAUUUCUGCAACUACAAGGUCAGCUACACCUAGUACACUGUCCAGUACUACCACAACAUUGACGUCAACAGUUACCAAAGCGUCAUCCAGAGAAAGGUCAGGCAUUGUCCAAGUUGACCCCAAAGGGAGGCUUGGUUCUGGGUUUCCAAGCGAGAAUCGUCCCUCUACUGACUGGAAGAACCCUGGAGCUAAUUCUAUUCCAGAUUCACACAGCAGCAGGUCUCAGUGGUCUCCUUCUCCUUCGCUCCCUGCCGCGCCUGUGGCUCCAGUAUUGAGAUCCAGACCAAGGAUUGCAGACCCACACAUCAGGACAGUGUCUUUCCCAGCAGAAAGCACUGCCAGGCUGGAUUGUGAAGCAGAAGGAGAACCAAAACCGUCCAUCACAUGGACGAAAGUAGCCACAGGAGCGGUGAUGUCAGUCCACUCCAGGGCUCAGCGUUUUGAGGUCUUGCCAAAUGGCACCCUUGUUAUCCAGAAUGUUCAGCUGCAGGACAGGGGCACGUACAUCUGCAGUGCACACAGCUACCUGGGUCGUGACAGGUUGCUAACUACCCUGGAAGUCUGGACUCGCCCCCCUCGUAUGCAGCUGGCUAGUUACAGAGAAGUCACGAUUCAUCAAGGUGGAGAAGUACGUUUGGAGUGCCAAGCGGAUGGUGUUCCCACCCCUCUACUCUCUUGGGUUCUGCCCGAUCGCUCUGUCCUGACCUCUGCUGGCCCCUUCAACCGCCGAAUCACCAUGGACACGAAUGGAACCCUUCAUAUCUCAGUGACUUUACAGAGUGACCGAGGAGCGUACCGCUGUGUGGCUUCCAACUCAGCAGGUGCUGCCAGUGCCUCUGUGCGUGUACACGUGUCCUCAUUGCCCCCGGUGAUACAGCAACCCAGAGAGGAACACCUGCUCUUGUCUCCAGGGAGGCCUGUUUAUGCUCACUGCUCUGCCCGAGGUGCUCCACCACCAACUUUGCGCUGGCGAAUCCCAGAUGGGACCCUAGUUCGUCCAUCUCAGUUUCUCCAUGGCAACCUCUUUGUCUUGCCCAACGGGACGCUGCAUAUUCGAAAAGUUGGGCUAAAGGAGUCAGGGAGUUAUGAGUGCAUGGCAAGUAAUGCUGUGGGGGCCGUUAAGAGAACAGUGAAGGUAGAAAUUGAAGGGGGAGCAGAAGGAGAAAGAAGACAGGGAGUAGCAAUAAAUGAAGGGACAAAAGCAGUUGCCACAGAAAAACCACCUCCUUCAGUCAAUAAAGAUAAAACUUUGGCUAUCCCUGGCUACCCCUCAGGUCCAUUCAGCUCCAAUAAAUUUUCUCCUCCAUCUGUCGCUGAGAGAUCUAGGACCUUGUCACUCACACCAAGCUUUUCUCGCCCCUUGUCUUACCCUCAUCAAACCAAUUCCUCUAACUCAUUUCCUAAAAUCCAUAAAACAGUCACUGCCUCCCCCACACACUUUACCAAUAUCAGAAAAAAGGAUCCGUCCUCUCCUUCCCUGACCUCCACUGUGGCAACAAACAACACCAGACUCUCACCCAGUAUCAACAUCACCAGAGUUAUUUCUUCUUUCCCCACUGACAGAAGAGCUCCAGCUGUUCUGCAUCCCUCGCCUGUUUCUCCUUUCAGUAAAGCCCGUAUUGUCUCCACAUCACCCUCUGUUUCUACUGUCCACUAUGGGGGCAUUUUACAGCUUCAUUGCACUGUAACUGGCAACCCAGCGCCCAUCAUUAUCUGGAGGACCCCCAACAGAAAGCUGGUGGACAUGCACUUCAGUUUUGACCGACGCCUGAAGGUGCAUCCAAAUGGCACCCUGUUGGUGCAGUCAGUAACAGAGAAGGAUGCUGGAGACUACCUAUGCAUUGCACGAAACAAAGUCGCAGAUGAUUAUCGCCUCCUGCGCGUCUCUGUGGCUACCAAACCUGCCAAGAUUGAGCCAAAACAACCUCUUAAUCAGAUGGUGUCAUUUGGUAAACCACUGAAGGUGGACUGCCAAGCAUCAGGACUGCCUGACCCAGCUGUUCACUGGAGCUUGCCAGAUGGAACCAUGGUGAACAGUGUGCUGCAUGGGGAAGACAGAGGAGGGCGUGCACGACGACUGACUGUCUUUGACAAUGGGACGUUACUGGUUCCCGCAGUGGGUUUGGGAGAAGAGGGGGAGUAUACAUGUUAUGCUGAGAAUCAAGGAGGUCAAGACACCAUGAAGGUAAAAGUAAAGGUCAUGAGGACAUCUCCACCAGCCUUUACCAACGACAGAAGCUACCAUGUUACUAAAGUACGUCAGGGAGCGACUGCCACCAUUCCCUGCCGGGCCACAGGAGAUCCUACCCCCACGGUGACAUGGUUUUCCCCAGCAAACCGUGUAAUCCCUCAAAGCAUAGGAUCUGGUUAUUACUCUGAGCGGGUUGUUGUGGUUUCAGGUGGAACUUUGGAGGUGCGUAUGGCUCAAAAGAUUGACACAGGAAACUAUACAUGCCGAGCAAGCAACUCAGCAGGGGGAAAGAGCAUGGUGGUGGGCCUGGAGGUGGAGGCGUCUGCAUAUGGACAGAGCGGCGGAAGGGGUGGGGCUAUUAAUAGUGGUAGCAGUAGAUCAGGGGAGAACAUUAAUAAUGGGGGGAUAAUCCGGUCAGGAUUUACCAGUGGAAUCACAAACAAGCUUGGUAGCAAUUACAGCAGCUACCAUAGUGAUAAUAGUGGCAGGAUAAGAAACAUUGUACCAAACACUAACUUGGCAAUCAGUGGCUCUAAUCCUGCCCCUAGGAGGGAAAGUGGAUUAAACAGGCCUGUCAGUGGAAUCACAACACAGCUAGGUAGCAGUGUUAUCAGUGCUGGGGUGAAUGGGGCAAGAAAUGUAGGCAUUAAAGAUAGAAAUACACCCGACAUUAUAAAUAGUAGUAAUAGUGUGGGUAACGGUCAGAGCACAGGUAGAGGAGAGAGUGUUGAAAGGAAUCUGGGGACUUCUAAUAAUGAAGUCAUUGCGGAAAAGGCUAGUAAUGAUGCUAACGCCAGUAGAGACUACAGCAGGUUAAGUGGUAUUUCAAGAGACGUUGGAGGUUUCGGUAGCAGCGUGUCUAAUAAUGGAGCUGCUACAAGCACACUCAGAGGAAAUGGUUUUAGUAGGAGUAGUAAUCUAGAAGAAAACCGAAGAAACAGUGGUGGCUCAAGCAGUAGUACAAGUGCUAAAAGCUUUCCUAAUUCUGUUGUGGGUGUGGUAACGACGGUGAAGCAACGAGCAGUUAAAGGCCAAACAGUUCUUUUGCCAUGCCCCUCCCAAGGGUCCCCUCCUCCCCGACUGGCCUGGUUUCUGCCCGGUAACGGCAUGUUGCCAGCUCCCUACUAUGGCAGCCGACUCACUGUGCAUCGAAACGGCUCCUUGGAGCUGCGGGGCGUCCGGGCAAGCGAUGGUGGAACCCUGAUUUGUGUCGUGAGAAGUGAGAGAGGAGAGAUGACUAUUCGGGUGGAGCUGCAGGUGUCGGACUCACAGGAGGAGGCCAGGUCUCCACAGAGAGGACAAACAUUGGAAAGACCUGCUGGUUUAAUUGAGGUGCCUCAACUGAAUUCAGCUCGAUCUUUGAACUCAAGGCCAGCACCACCUGUGGUGCCUCAUCCAAGAAUCCCAGUUACUCAGAAGCCUCUACAGAGGGGCUUGAGUUUGCCUGCAGCACCUCACCCAGUUGGUCCUCCACCCUUCACUGGUCCUGCCUCAGAGCCAGCAGUAACCACCACAACAGCCCCACUGGUGAGCAUCAUUAAUGGAGAGACUCUUCGCUUGCCCUGCCCUGAACCCCCUGGACACCUAAAGGGCUCGCUCUCCUGGACCAUGCCCAGCGGCAAGGUUCUGUCCAGGGGUGAGAGUGGUGACUCAAGACGUUACUCAGUACAAGAAGAUGGAACAAUAACAGUCCUUCAGGCCUCUGUGUUCGACCGAGGCACCUACACCUGCAGAUCCACCAGUUACGACUCCUCCUUAGUUUCAGUCGCCACGGUUCCUGUCAUUGUCAUCGCCUACCCUCCGCGCAUUACAACAGGCCCGCCCCCAGUGACCUACACGCACCCCGGGGUUGCCGUGGAGCUGCCCUGCCUGACCACAGCAACUCCACGGGCGACACUUACCUGGGAAACACCUGACCUGACGCAGCUGAGGGCGAUGGAUCAGCCUCGUAUUUACGGAAACCGCUACCUUAAUCCUCAGGGUUCCUUGGUGAUUCAGAACCCGACAGGUAGAGAUACAGGAUUUUACAAAUGCACCGCCAAAAAUGUCAUAGGAGUGGACACAAAGACAACCUACCUGCACGUUAUAUAAUGGGGUGAAGCCAACCUACAUACACAAACAGACCCACAAAAACAUGCAGAAGAGACGAGGGAACUCCAACGAUACUUUUUUCAAGUGAAUGACUUCUUUUUCUAUAACACUAUGUGUCCCUCAUGCCCAAAGACACUGCAAAGCUCUGUGCUGAAUCUCAGAAAGAACUAAUAUACAGUGUAUGUCCUAUGUAUGUAUUUUUAAUGUCUGACUUUGUUGUCAAUACUGUGUUUUUCUCUGCAGAUACUUUGUCUCACAUUAUUUUCUGCAUAAACAAGUAAUUAACAUUCGAGGAGGAUUGCUUAAUGCAGGUAGUGUUACACACUUAACCUGUUGUGCCUUGCUGUGUAUCUCAUUGGCCUAAAAUCUAUUUUGAAAUGGUGCUUAUUUCAUACUUGCAGCAAAAGGUGCAAAAGGCCACAUUUGUGUCCAUGGAUUUCCUGUCCGGUGCUGCCAGAACUAAACGAAUAUCACAACAAUCCACAAGUUUGACUUUUUUAUGAGUAUUUAUGUACAAAACAUGGAAAUGUCUAAUAUUUUAACCCUCAUCUGAAGGAUUUAAUGAUCAGUCUUCCUUGUUGCACAGUUUUAGCAUUGCUUUAAAACAAUCGAAACCUAACCAUGGUGCUUUACCUUGCUUUAUUACUAUGCCAGACAUUUUACACCUAGAAUUAUGGUAGAAUUUGCAAUACUGUAUAUAACAACGUAACUGAAUUAUACAGACACCACACAGCCUCACACAAUGAGAAUGUCUGCUGCCACAAAUGUAUAUAAUGUGAUGUCACCUAAUAUUAUUCUGCUUACUGUGAUGCAGAUAUUCAUAAAAUAUUCUGUGUUCUCUCAAAUGUUCCAAAUUAGAGCAAAAAUACACUCAGAUUUAAAAUGCCAUCUUGACAUUUACCUUUCGCUCUUAUUUUUUCUGACUAAAUGCGUAUUAAUUAAUGUUGUCUUUGUUGCUGCAGUGCAUAUGAAGCAAACAGUAACUUCAACUGGCAGCCUUACUUUCCGUGUACUGCCUCCGUGAUACAUUUAAUCCUUGACAGACAUGAUGAUGGAGGACUUCAGAAUUAUAAUCCACCCAAACACCAGCCUCUUCAGGAUUUUCCUCAUUUUGUGACUUACUUGUGAGUUCCAAACCUGAAAAUAUUGCGCCACUGACUGUAUCUCACAUUCUCACUGCAUUAAUGAGAGAUGGCACAAAGCAUCCAUGAUAACACAACAAUUUUUAGAAGAGUGAUUUUCACGAGUAUUUUCAUAUUAAAGAUGGUAUAAGUGUGUGUAUGUGUGUGUGUUUCAAUUGCCUGCCCUAAGCUUGUGGACAAAGCUAGCAGUUUGUAGUUAUAUACCUUUAUCUGCUGGUUGGUUUUAUCCUGUUUUCAUUGUGUCCUUAAAUUAUUUGUCUUGUAAAGACUUUGUUGUCCGAAACCAUUUUUGUCAUAAAGGGAGAAAUGAUUAAAUAUUAAUUUGUAUCAUGUCCUAAUACCCAAUGAUGUCUAACUCUAUUUUUAACAGUUUCAUUUUCUGAAUAAAAACGACAGAACCGAAAGCCGUUUACUCCAUAAAAUGCCAACAGUUUUGGUACAGAUUGAGAGUGAGCGCUUGUGUGACUGCAGACUGAGAAAAGAAAACACCUGGUGGGAGGCUGAGAGCGAGGAAGGAAACUUUUCCUUGCGUAUAUUAUGAGAACAGAAAGUCCUUAUCCCCAGCUCAGCUAUCAGACCAGGAAAUGGGGUCUUAACUGUAGAUGAGACACAUGUUGAUGACAUCAUAUUCCUCUCCCUGGGAAAUGCAAUAAAACUCACAGCAGCCUGCAGAGCUGCUCCACACAUACCCACCCUGCAUGAGCUCACACCUGUCGUCCAGUAAUUCCUUAAAUUAAUUAUGACAUAUACAUUGUGUAAGAGCAAUGUGCCGUGAAGGUACACUGCUUGAGCCAUUAGUGUGAAAGUAAACAGUGUACAGUAAAAGAUGCUGAACAUGUGGGGACGUCAAGCAAGAUAUCUUUGUGGCGCUGCCAAUUCCAAAAGCACCUGAAAUAGCUGUCAAAAAUGCAGCACCGGGGAAUUAUCGCUGAAUGUUUUUGUGAGCUGUCAACACAACCGUCACAGAAUGCAUACAGUAAAUAAUAACUUUGAGAUUAUUUUCACUUUUUCCAGCUGUGAAGUGCUUCUGCAUUUCCCUUUUGCAUUUUACUGCGAGGCAAAAGCGCCAAUCAUGCCUCAGUCAAAACUCGAGAAGUCUUUUGUGCGCAUGUUGUCAUUGUUAUAAAAGCUUAAUAAUUUAUUUUCUGUCAUUUUGAGGUAUCGGCGUACAGCACUCUCGAUACACUUAAAACUAGAGCACAAACAUGCAAGAAGGACACAGUCCAGCACCAGCCCCAGCCCUUGAGGAUAAAACCAACCAUUAGCCCAAUUUAACACUCCUUUGUGGGAUUUUUGGUAUCUUAUUGUUCAUGACACAAAUUUGUUAGGCUGCGGUUUGGUUCUAGCUAAAAAUCAAGUCCAGGGUUUGUUUACAACCUCUAAAAAGUUCCAAAUGUUUCUAGCUCUGGGCUGAAUGCUCCCUGACCAGACCAUUUAGCCUAAAUUAAUACAAUAAGUCCAAACCUGUUGUUGUUAUUAGUCAAACUUGAGAAAAAACCCAAGCUGCGGAAUAAUUAAAAUGUAAAAAAAACAAAACAAAAAAACCCCAGAAAACAAAACAAUCUCAAGCACUGCAGAGCUGAAGUUUAUUGAUGUGAGCUGUUCACAGAUCAAAGGCAUUGCUAAUUAGAAUCAUUGCCAUGCACCACCCAGUAAUUCGGGCAGUUUAGUUUGAGUUCUGCAUCUAGAGGGAAAUAUAAUGCUUCGAAGCAAACGGCAGAAUUUUGUUUUGUGUCCCACUUUUGAUGAAGCCAGUUGUUUUCUAUGGAGGCUUUGCAUGUUUUGAAUUAUCUCCCUGAAUGUAUUGGAGAUUUUCCAUCCAUUAUGAGUCCAUGUUUGUGAUCCUAUCCCAAAUAAGUGAUUGCUAAUCCCCUUUUUGCGUGCAAUUGCAAACUUACAGGCAUAUAACUAACUAAUAAAGCAUCACUGGCAUUUUA